CAUAAAGCAAUAACCUUUAUUCGUUUACUAUUAGUUUAAUACGCAAAACAAUUCUUGAAAUUGCAGAUAUACUUUCGUUAUGUUACCAUACAGAAAACUACCCUUAUUUAGUCGUAGUCCGGCGACUGAUAAUUUGUUUGAUCACGUGACCGUUUAGCUCCCUGCUGACCUAGUUUCUGAUACCACAACACGGUGCAUAUGUGUUGACGACUAUUGUAAAUGGAGUAGAUAGAAUAUUGAUUUCUUCAGUUAAACUAUCAAUCAUAUUCGGCGAGUCGUGAGAAACAUGAAUCUAUAAUCAGACACCCGAGACCUGUUGCCGCCUGGCCUUAAAAAGCUAAGAACGAAACUUCUUCAGUUAUCAGUAGAUAUUGCCCGGCUGAGAGAAAUCGAGUCUAAGUGUUGCAGCCACAGAAUCAAUUAACAGUAGCAAGAUGGACCAAAGAAUGUUGUCUUGCUUAGUCUGACGGACUCCUAGACGGGAAAUAAGAAAGCUGGUCCAACUGCCUGUAGUUCAUCUUAACCAUCUCCGCCUUGCUGUGGUAAGGUUACACUGUGCAAAGUGAUAAAAAAUAGAUAAAAAAGGAGAGCAUCCACAGACCCAGAGUCAUGUUAUUCAGCCAUCAGUGCAGCAAUGAGAUAAUGGUGCUCUGUGAGCAGUGAGGGAUGGGGAAUGGAGCCUCUGUCGAUACUGAGAAUAGCUCACCCAUAAAUAGGAAUAGAAAUACUAGCAGAUCCCACGCUGAUAUGUCCCGGUCUCCCCGAGGACACCAGGGCUUCCAAGAGCGUCAGCUUCAACAAGCUGACGACCAUGUGACCUUGGGUUCUCCGCAGGCCAAUCUUUGGAGCCAGGCAGCCGUGCGUGCGGCCGGGCGAGAGAACAACUAUGACUUGCAUGAUGUUGUGAGGGCAGCCCAAAAUCCUGAGCAUUUUACCACUAACAAUGAUGACCUGGUGUUUGAGACAUUCCACCAUGCCAGUGGUCAGGAGUUUCAGUGUCUGGUGCAGGGAGGGUUAAGAUUUUAUCUGGAUUCCUGGCAAACACAGCAAUGGCAGCCGUUUCCAGUCCAGUGGUACAAUGAAGGACACAUAACUGUGGAAAAUGUCAUUCAAGGAGAAACA